AUGGCUACAACUGAAAAGCAAUAUUUUGGUCCUUUAACAUUACAUCAAAAAAUCGAAAAGCCUUCAAUAUUUAAGUGUGGCAAGUCAGUUGAAUGUUCUUGUGUUAUGUGCGAUGAAAUCUUCACGUUACCAACGUCUGAGAAACAGAUGCUCACCCAUUUGUUUAUGAAACAUCGUCUGGUAAUAGCUGAUGUAAAUCAAAUAGCAGACCUACAAGCUUACAUGAAGUAUUGGAAAUUAAGAUUUAAAGAUAGUAACCUUCCAUAUUUUUGUACUACAAUGCUGCUGGACACAAAACCAGAUGGAACAAAAUCAAAAAAUGAGGAAUACUUCUUGUUAAGUGAUGUUUUACCUGAGGAUAAAGAACUACGUGUGAACAUCAGACAGAGAAGAUUAGAGGAAUUACUUGAAAGACAUGCAUUUGAGAGAGAAGAUAAAAAUUAUAUAAAGGAAUGCCUUUUCUGCAGGCUUGUUUCAAAUGAUACCAGAGCUAACUACUUGAAUCAUCUUUAUGAAAAACACAACUUUCACAUUGCUAAACCAGAAAACUUGAUAUUUAUAGAUGAUCUUGUCAAUUUAAUCGCGAAUAAAUUGGAAAAACUUCAAUGUAUCUUCUGUGAAGGUGUGUUUAAAGAUCGGACAAUAUUAAAAGAGCACAUGCGUAAAAAGGGACAUAAGAGAAUCAACCCUGUUAAUAAAGAAUAUGAUAAAUUCUUUUUAGUCAAUUAUGUAGGUGAUAAGGAGACCGUUCCUAAGAAGCAAUAUAGCAAGCCUCAUAGUGUUAAGUCGUCUAAUAUAGCACAUAAAGAAGAGUAUGACCAUGAAUCCGAGCCGGAAAGUGAUCCUGAAUGGUCAGAAUGGACCGAAGAAAAUGGACCUUUAAUAACUUGCCUUCUUUGUGACCAUACCGAAUCAGAGUAUGAAAAUAUUUUAGAUCACAUGGAAAGAAUACAUGAAUUCUCAUUCACAAAACUGACUUCGGGAUUAGAUUUUUAUCACAAAGUAAAAAUAGUUAAUUACAUACGACGUCAGAUGCAUUUACGGCAAUGCUUGUCAUGCGAGACAAAGUUUCAUGAUGUUAAGAACUUAGAGAAACACAUAAAGGAGACAAAACAUUUUGUAUUGAAGAAGGAGAAGUGGGAUCAGCCGGAAUAUUACUUCCCGACGUAUGAGGAUGAUUUAUUUCUAUGCUUCAUACAUGACGACAAUGAGAGCUGGUGGUCAAGUGAUGAACAUGAGUCGGAAAACCAGAAUAUUAUGUGUGAUAGUAUUUCUAAAGAAAUGGCAUUAGCCGUUCUAAGUGAAUGA